UCUGCAAUAGCUCGUACACAAUGAAAACCAUCGUGCUUUUGCUGGUGGCCGCUUUUGUGGCAGACCAGGCAACUGGGCAAUGGAACGCCAAUUACGCGUCCGGCCGCACUACCAUGGUUCACUUGUUUGAGUGGAAAUGGGAUGACAUCGCCGCUGAGUGCGAAAGAUUCCUGGGACCUAAAGGAUAUGCCGGAGUUCAGGUUUCGCCGCCCAAUGAGCAUAUUGUUAUCAUGCAAUCCACUGUACAGCGUCCUUGGUGGGAGCGUUAUCAACCCGUCUCCUAUAAACUGGUUACUCGCUCCGGCGACGAAAAUGCUUUCAAGACCAUGGUUGAUCGUUGCAAUGCCGUUGGUGUAAGAAUCUACGUCGAUUGCGUAUUCAAUCAGAUGACACCCGGAAGCGGAACAGGCAUCGGAGGAUCAUCAGUCAACGGAGGUUCAAUGAGCUACCCAGCUGUUCCUUACGGACCAAAUGACUUCACUCCUCGAUCAAGUUGCCCAAGCAGCUCUGGAGAUAUUGAAAACUACGGAAACGCCCAACAGGUCCGAAACUGCAAACUUAGUGGAAUGCCCGAUCUCUACCAAGGAUCUGAAUACGUUCGUGGGAAGAUCCUUGAGUUCCUCAACAAGCUGACUUCAUAUGGUGUUGCGGGUUUCCGUUGGGACGCCAGUAAGCACAUGUGGCCUGGAGAUUUGAAAGUUCUUUCUGACAGGCUUGAUAACUUGCCUACUGCCAAGGGAUUCCCUGCUGGUUCUAGACCUUAUAUCUACAUGGAGGUCAUUGAUCAAGGUGGAGAGCCAAUUACGGCCAACGAGUAUUUCUACAUCGGUCGCGUAACUGAAUUCAAAUACGGAAGAAAACUCAGCGACGUUUUCCACAAAAAGACGCAACUUAAAUGGCUGGUCAAUUGGGGUGUUGGAUGGGGUUUGAUGCCUGAUGGCAACGCUUUGGUGUUUAUCGACAAUCAUGACAAUCAACGUGGUCACGGAGGAGGUGGUGACUUAUUGACCUUCCGAGAAUCUAAACUUUACAAGAUGGCUGUUUCCUACAUGUUAGCUUGGCCGUACGGCGAUGCACGAGUAAUGUCUAGCUAUUACUGGGAUCAAAAUCUCGUGAACGGACAGGAUCAAAACGAUUGGGUCGGACCUCCGCAUGAUAGCAAUUUCAAUAUUCUCUCACCAACCAUCAACGCCGAUGAUUCUUGCGGAAAUGGAUGGAUCUGUGAGCACCGCUGGCGUCAAAUCUACAAUAUGGCCAAGUUCCGGAACAUUGUUGCAGGAACUACAAUGAACGACUGGUGGGAUAACGGAAACAACCAAAUUGCUUUCUGCCGCGGUAGCAAAGGUUUCAUCGCCAUCAACAACGAAGGCUCCAACAUGUCCCAAACUCUUCAGACAUGUCUUUCGGCCGGAACGUACUGCGACAUCAUCUCAGGCAACUUGGUCAACGGAAAGUGCACAGGCAAAUCAGUUACAGUGGGCUCUGAUGGCAAGGCUUUGAUCAGUAUCGGCAAUGCUGAAGAAGAUGGAGUACUAGCAAUCCAUGUUGAGUCGAAGUUGUAAACGCUACUCCAAAGGAUCCUUAUUACGUCAUGGAUGAAAUU